UUUUUAACGAAAAUGAUCAAAUUUAACGAAACUACGAAAAGGAUGGAAUAUAUGCCUAUCCUGCUCCAUUACUUUAUUGCCUGCUUCUCAUACCCACAACCUCCUCGAGCUUCCUUUUUUGCCCUCGAACUGAAUCGUUCGAGUAUAAAGAAUUCGUGGAAAAUUUGGUACAUUGCAUGCAUUGUUCUCACAGAAUAAAACAAUAAGUCAGAGGAGCAAGUUUUUUAUUUUUCAAUUGUAUGAGGCUGAAUAUCACAAGCACUGCGUAUUUUGCAAUUCUGCAGGUAUUGUGCUUAAAUUUGCUCUUGGUCAGCUGAUAACCUAGUGUCCUGUGUAAGGAUCAUAACAAUGGGAUUUUCCAUUGUGGAGACCUUAGGCCCUAAGGGAUAUGGAGAAUUAUGUCUUGUGCCUGAUGGAUGGGUGCAGGGAACUAGUAGUGGAAAAUAUUACUUGUUAUGGCCCAAUAUUCCCGGAAAAUUGGCAUCCAAACUGGUGCGAAAUGCUAACAGUGUUCCUGAAAGUGGAUGGACAAGACAAGAAUGCUGUGUAAAAAGAUCAAACAUUUCGUCUUACGAGACUGGGACGAAAAUUUUAGCUGAAAUGUCUGACGAAUCAUCAACCGAUUAUAUGGAACAAGGCACAACACAGCAUAUAACAAUUGGAAAUUAUGAGCAAAUAUUCGCACAGCGCGUUUUAGAAAACGAUGCUAUGGAAACUGUAAACUACGAUCUCGACACAUCUAAUUUUCAUGAGGAAUACUUAAACGAUCACCUAGAAAAUGAAAAUGUUCCUGAAGAAAAUUCGAAAUGUUCUCAUUGUCCAUGUUUCGAAGCAUUAGUAAAGUUCCAGAAAGAAGCAUAUGAAGAUCUUCAAAAAGGGCAACAAAAAAUUUUGAAAAAGAUGAGCAUAAUAGAACGCCAAAAUGAAAUGCUGCUUAACACAACAGCCCAAGCUGUGGAAGUAAACGGAAGUAAUAUAUUAGAAUUUGAAUUCAAUCGUCUAACUAAUAAGAAAGAUCUAAUGCAGUGCGAUGAAAGAUUAGGAGAAACAGAUUAUUUUCAACAGGUGUUGGAUUGGCUGAAAUCUAAAAUCAUAGAUACGGAUGCGGAAAAUAGGAUGCUGGAAGCCCUUGAUUUAAUUUUCGAAAAAACACUAUUGGUAGAAUGUAGUUGGACAGGUAUAGGGAAAGGUUGCACUAAGUUUGAAAUUAGACUGUUGAGAAAUUUGAUGAAUUUGUUUCAGACUAUUGGAAGCACUAAAUUUCAUAAGGUUAGCGAAAAUAUGCUAUCAAAAUUUUUUCAACGUAAAUUGAAGCAAGCAAAACAACGAUUGAAUAUUCAAGGAGUGCGUAAACCUACCAACCAUAAGAGGCAGACUGAAAAAAAUUAAAAAAAAAACCGUUAAUAUUGCUUGAAUUCCCUCUAUACUGCAUACUGCGUCCAUACUGAUUAACGCAACAUACUAAACAACUCUUACACUUAAUCGAACUUAUGUUUAUUUCUGGCAGUGAUUUUUCAAAGAACUUAAAGAAUCAAUUAUGAUAUAUUCAAAGAAUGAGAGUUUUUGAAGUUAAGAAAUGCUAAGAGAAUGAAUUAAUGGAAUAAAAACUGUUUCCGAAAGUGGAUCUAAAUUUACUGCAACAAGCUUGCAUUUUAUGUCACUCACACUCAACUGGAUAUCAUUCAACGAUAAAUCAUUUGAGAAUCCCUUGUAAAUAUUUAAAACACUUGAUGGAAAUGGUGAUCUGAAAAAAUCGGACUUGUUGUUGAGCAUUCUUCCGCAUACUUGAAUCGAAUUUCCAACUUGUGCUGCAUUUGAAAAUUUUGCAAUACAAUUUUCUUUGGUUAAAAACCAUGAGUUGCAUUCAUCGUUACGUAAUAUGUAAUCUAGUAAUUUUAAAACUAUCUUUCCAUUCUUCUGCACAAAUAUGCUUGGCUUAGACACUUUUUUCGAAGCAAACGAAGUUGGUAUAUGAAACUCCUCUAACUCUGAUAACCUUUUGAAAACUUGUUGAAUUUCAUUGUAACCUGACCUCA